AUGGCGAGGCGAUUCGAUUAUCAUCACCAGCAGCAGCACCAGCAGGCUGGCCGACGGACUCUGGCGGCAUUCUGUUUCGCCUUCGUCCUUUUCCUGCUCGUCGCGGCUUACCUCUUUAGUGGCUUCAAGCCUGGACCGAUUCCCACUUCGUCUGUGGACGAGGAUCAGGAUCGGGCAGGAGACGGCCUUGGAGGUCCCAACACGUCAGAUGCGCUGGGAGAUGAGCCGCAGGAGCACGAGAUCCGGGAUUCCGGGAAGCUCAGCCUGAAUUUGCCUCCAGUGAAGGGCGUCGGGGAGCCGGCAGACUCCGACAUGGAACCCCCCAGGAGAGCCGCGGACGAGGAGGAGGGCGGCGAGUCAGCCGCGCAAGAGGGCCUGCGGUUGGCGGGCGGGGGGGAUGCGCGCGCGCAGGCGGAAAGGGAGAGAGACGCGCAGGACGCUGCUGCACAGGAGGGGGAUUCCGAGGGCGGGGAUGGUCAGGGGGAGGAAGGUUUGUUGCACAGCCGCGCUAGUGACAAUGAGAAGGCGGCGGCGGCGGCGGCUGACGCGGCGGCUGCUGCUGAUGCGGAUGGUGAUGGAAUUGGAGGUUCUGAAGGGGUGGGAGGGGCGAAGGAAGGAGAGGAGGAAGAGACGAGCGAGAAGGGCGAGGAGGAGAAGGGUGGUGCGGAGAAAGAGAAAGAAGGUGACGCGGACGAGAAUGGGGUGGAAGGGAAGGGGUCUGAUGCGGAGGAGAAGGGCGAGGGGAGUGUGGAUGGGGAGGCGGAGGGAGGGAGGAUUGCAGGUGGGAAGAAGGCGAAGAAAAAGGAUGAAGCGGAGGAAGGGGAAGAGGAAGAGGGGAGCGGAACGAAGGGGUCUGAGGCUAAGGAAGCGGAAGAGGAGAGCGAGGAGGAAGAUGGUAGUGUGAAGAAGAAGGGAGUGAAGGGUAAAGGGAAGGAUGGAGUGGACAACGAGGAGGACGAGGAGGAGAGUAAGUCGAAGAAGGGUAAGGGGAAGGAGGAGGCGGAGGAGGAGGGAGGUAGUGAGGAGGAAGAAGAGAGCGUUGGAGGCAAGAAGAAGGUCAAAGGCGAGGAGGACGCGGAAGAGGAGGAAGAGGCCUCUCCAAUCGCGAAGAAGGCGAAAAGGGCGAAAACGAGCGAAGAGGAAGACGAGGGGAGUGAUGAGGAAAAGGAGGGAAAGGGAGGGAAGGGUGAGGAGAGCGAGGAAGAUGAGGAAAAGCCAAAAAGCAAGAAAGCGAAGAAGGUGAAAGCGAGUGAGGAAGAGGGAGAGGAGGAGGAGAAGGGUUCAGAGAGUGAAGAGGAGGAAGAGAGUGUGAGCAAGAAGGGAGGAAAGAAGAAGACAGUAGCGAAGGAGAGUGAGGAGGAAGAGGAGGGUGAGAAGAAGAGCGAGGAAGGGGAGGGGGAAGAGGAGGAAGGGGACGUGAAGCCGAGCAAAAAGGUGAAAGGAGCGAAGAAGGCGAGGAAAGAGGAGGGGGAGGAUGCGGAAGAGGAGGCGGGUGAUGGGAAGGGGGAGAAGGAUGAGGAGGGGGGUGACGGGAAGGGGGAGAAAGAGGUAGAGAGCACAGCUGAUGCGGAGGUUGAAGAGGAUACGGUGGCAGCUGAAGCAGGGAAGGCUGGGGUGAAGGGUGGGAAGGGGAAGAAGAAGAGUGCGAAGGAGGUGGGUGAGGAGGAGGAAGGGGAAGGAGGAGAGAAGAGUGAGGAUGGUGGGAAGGAGAGUGCGGAGGAGGAGGAAGAGGAGGGAGGAGCAGCGAAACGGAAAGUGAAAAAGAGUGGGAAGGAGGAAGAGGAAUCUGAUGAUGCCGGGGAAGGGGAUGGGGGUGAGGAGGAGGGGGAGAGUGCAGGCAAAGGUGGGGCAAAGAGGAAGGCGAAGAAGGGAAGCGAGGAGGGAGAGGAAGAAGGGUCGGAGGAAGGCGGAGAAGAGAGUGAGGAGGAGGAGGGGAAGAGCAGCAUGAAGAGUGGAAAGACGAGCAAGAAGGGAAAGACGAAGAGCAAGAAGCUGAGGGGGGAGAGCGCGGAUGGUGCUGAGCAGGACGGGGAGGAGGAGGAGGGUGGCGCUGCAGAGAAGCCGGUAGAGAAACGAGCGCAAGAAGCUGAAGCUCAACACCAAGGUUCCACUCUCCUUGCUCUGUCGCUUCUUCACUCUGUCUUUGUUCCUGCUCGCCCUUCACUGCACCCCACCAUCGCACAGGCGUGUGACCCAGAGUUGUCGGAGAUAGUGCCGUGCCUGAGCCCAGCCAUGAACAAGCGCAUGAAGCUGAAGCUCAACAAGAAGGUCUCCCUUACUAGCUUUUUCAUGCUCUCCCUCCUCUCCCAGGCAUGUGACCCGGAGCUGUCAGAGAUAGUGCCGUGUCUGAGCCCAGCCAUGAACAAGCGCAUGAAGCUGAAGGCGUGUGAUCCGGAGUUGUCAGAGAUUGUGCCAUGCUUGAGCCCAGCCAUGAACAAGCGCAUGAAGCUGAAGGUCAACACCAAGGUCUCCCUCUCCUCCCUCCUUCACUCCCUUUCUCCGCCUCAGGCGUGUGACCCGGAGCUGUCAGAGAUAGUGCCGUGCCUGAGCCCAGCAAUGAACAAGCGCAUGAAGCUGAAGCUGAACACCAAGGCGCGGGUUAGAGGAGGGUGUGGGGCAGAAGUGCAGGGGCGGGAGCGCAUGAAGCUGAAGCUCAACACCAAGGUGAUGGAGCACUACGAGCGCCAUUGCCCGCCUGACGACCUCAUGCCGCACUGCCUCGUGCCGCAGCCUCCUGGUUACAAGCUGAAGCUGAACACCAAGGUGAUGGAGCAUUAUGAGCGCCACUGCCCGCCUGACGACCUCAUGCCGCACUGCCUCGUGCCGCAGCCACCCGGCUACAAGCUGAAGCUCAAUACGAAGGUGAUGGAGCACUACGAGCGCCACUGCCCGCCUGACGACCUCAUGCCGCACUGCCUCGUGCCCCAGCCACCCGGCUACAAGGUGAGCUAUGGUGUGGGUGGCAGGGCUUAA